CACACUCCAGCACAGUAGGGGGCAGUAAUGCACCUUGAACGUCAGGGGCCACCCGCCAUCAAGGAAGAAGAAGAACUUCCGCUGAGGUCGACUCACGUUUAAAUCACAGCCCGCUUCACGUGAUCCCAGGACCGAGACCCGGACCGAGACCCGGUUCGACUCCCGCCGCCUCCACAUGGACUUCUCUCAGGCUUCGUCCGAGCUGAAGCAGCUGCUGAGCAAAGUGGAUCCGCCCGAGCUCCAGAAGGUUCUGACCUGGAUCCGAGACUCAGACGAGCUGGACCAGCUGCUGGUGGACAACAGGAAGGUGAUGCUGAGGAGCAUCGCAGACGACCUGAGGACCAGUCUUCCUCCAGACGCCAUGCUGCCCUCUGAGAUGCAGCAGCGUGCUCGGCCGACGGUUCACGUGGACGCGUUCCUGUACGAGGACGAGCAGGUGGACGCUCUGUGUGAGGAGGGGACCAUGAGCCGGACCUUCUGCCUCGCCUGUGGCUCCCAGAGGACGGCCCCGCUGGACUUCAUCUCUCACUCCUUCUCAGUGUCAGAGCUUCAGUUUCUGUUCCAGAACGUUCUCCCAGACCUGAGCGGUCGCACACUGGUGGAUGUGGGAUCUAGACUGGGAGCUGUGUUGUACGGGGGUCACGUGUACAGCUCGGCCUCUCGGCUGAUUGGCCUGGAGCUCAGCGAGGACUUCGUCCGGCUGCAGAACGACAUGCUGCAGAAAUACAAGCUGAACGACCGAGUGCAGGUUCAUCAGGCUGACGUCUGCACUCAGGAUGUUCUGCUGCAGAACACAGACGUUCUGGUCAUGAACAACGUCUUUGAGUACUUCAUGGAGCCCAGCGAGCAAAUCAAAGCGUGGAGGUACAUCAUGAAGAACCUGGUGAAGACAGGUUCUCUGCUGGUGACGGUUCCCAGUCUUCAGGAGAGUCUGGCCGCUCUGCAGGAGGCGCUGCGGCCCGGCUGGGUGGAGGAGCUUCCUGUGGACUACGACGUGGACCUGGGCAGAGACACAGACCCCGAGGCCCUUAGACAGAUCCACCUCUACAGGGUCAUGUGAACCGGUUCAGACGAGUCUGAACACCUUAAACCUGGUCUGAUUCUAGACUGGAGUCAGGUCUGAACUGGUCUGAACUGGACUCGUUUGAUCGGAUCCCUCAUGUGAUCUGGUCUGGUGUUUAUGAAUAUACCUGUUCACUCCUCCUGGAAGCUGGAACUGAAACUAACGAGGGUCCAGAUUACAAAUCCAGAAUUCUGCUGAGUCACUGUGACAUCACAGCUGGGUCAUGGAUUGUGUGACAGGGAUGAGCUGUGAGGUCAUGUGACAGAACUUUGUCUCAUUAGAUUUGUAUUAAUUCUCCUGAUUGAACAUUAAAUGAUGACAUUUCUGUUUGAGUUUC